CCAUUUGCUCCUGCCUCGCUCAGCCCACCGCUGGCUCCUAUAAAACACCAGACAGUCACUUUCCAUCUCCACCGCCAGUGCUCUGCAGCAACAUGCCGCCAAAGAAAGUGGAACCGAAAAAGACAGAGGUGAAGAAGGUGGAGGCAAAGAAGGAGGAGCCUCCUCCUCCAGCAAAGCCCGCGGAGCCGGAGCCAAAACCCCCCGAGGUGGACCUGAAGAGCAUCGUGGUGGAGUUCAGCCCCGACCAGAUCGAGGAGUUCAAAGACGCCUUCGCUCUGUUCGACGAGACGCCAGCCGGCGAGAUGAAGAUCACCUACGCUCAGUGCGGCGAUGUUAUGCGGGCGCUGGGACACAACCCCACCAACGAGGAAGUGCUGAAACUGCUGGGGAGGCCGAAGGCGGAGGAGCUGAACGUCAAGCUGCUGGACUUUGACAGCUUCCUGCCCAUGCAGCAGCAUGUGGCCCGCUCCAAAGAGCAGGGCAACUUUGAGGACUUUGUGGAGGGGCUGAGGGUCUUUGACAAGGAGGGAAACGGCACGGUGAUGGGGGCGGAGCUCCGCCACGUCCUCGCCACGCUGGGAGAGAGGAUGACUGAGGACGAGGUGGAUCGUCUGAUGGCGGGACAGGAGGACGCCAAUGGGCACAUCAACUACACCGAGUUUGUCAAACACAUUCUGAAACCUGCCAGCUGCAGGUUACAGAGAAAAACCGAUGCUCGGAGAUGA